AGAAUCAUAAGAGAAAAUAGUAACUGUUGAAGGAGAAGAAAUAGAAGAGGAGACCUCUGGAGAUGAAGAUCUUAUGUUGAAACCAAGACAAGAAGAAGCUUCAAGAGAAGAAGAAGAAGAAGAAGAGGCAGAGGCAGAAAGAAGAAAAAAGAAAAUGAAUGACAAUGCACCUUCUCAAUCUGUUAAGGCUUGGACGUUUGAAGCCUUACCUCAAUUACGGCCAAACGAUUAUCCAAAAGAGAGGACUUUGCCGAGGAUGAAGAGGUGGUUAUUUGAAAAAGUAGAAAAAGACAGGCUCGAUCCAUUUCAGAUCAAAGAUGAUCCGGUGGUGUGCCCUUUUCUUUACCCUACAAAGGCUGAAAAGAGGGAGGCUUACAUCCAAAAUCUUAUUAUUUUACCAGAUAAAGAGACAUGAUAAUAGAUAGCCUAAAUAAAGGGUUGGAUAGAGUGACAG